UCACGUCGAGGAAAGAACAUUUCCAUAAAAAUAUUUUGUGCGUGUUGGUUUUUAAUGGGAGAAUAUUGAAUCUUGAUUUAAAGCUUUCGUGACUGCAGGAAUUCAUACUCUUUGGGUAUUUCGGUAAAGUCAUGGAGAUUAUCCACGUGACUUUAUCGAAAGACCCAACGAGUAUGGGAGAAUAUUGGUUUACACAUUGUGUGUCCGGUCAUCCUCACAGCAGCGGCUUUUGGCUUACCAUCGAACAAAGACGGUUACUGCAUCGCGCGCUUCAGUUACGCUUCUGCGACCGUCUGGAACGCUCUUCCUUCCGAUAUUAGGAAACCACUGGAGCUAUGCACAUUCAAAUUUAGAUUGAAAACAAAUUUCUUUCGAACUACUUUUUGUGUUUAGUUUCUGAUCCUUCCCUCGCACCUCCGAUUAUGUAUGUAUGUUGCAUUUUGAACUUCUUUCGCACCGUACGUAGCCAACCGUGUUAAUUGGAGGUGCAACCUCUAUGUACGGUACAAAAUAAGUUCAACAUACAUACAUUCUGAGUCAUUUUAAUUUGAUCUACAUUCAGCAUUGAAAAUGCAUCGAAAAUGCUGAAUGUAUAUCUAAAUAAGAGAAAUAUCUGGCCGUGGACGAGAAUUAUAUUUUGCUGCGAUAGACGGCAAAGAUUUGUGAAGCAUUUGAUGCACAGCUGCCGAUGGAUUCAAAGGAUUAUAGGUAAAGGAGCGACCCUACAAUUGCUCGCUCAAGCCACUGCUGGUGGAGGGGCUCCACGAGAGGGAGCUCUAGAAGGCGACCGCUGCCAGGGCUGUCUCUUGCCAGUCGCGUGGGGGAGGGGGGGUAUUCCCGUCCCUGAUUGCAUGAAAGCUGCUCCGCGUGCUCCAAUUAAAGCACCGGCGCGGGGAGGGCGGAGAGGAUGAGCGUGACCUCAGGGCCCGAGAUGAGCGCAGUCACCGAACCCCCGCUGCCAAGGUCCCUGCUCAUCUCCCUGUGCCGGGAGCUUCUCUCGGCGACCCUCGACGGCGCCAACAGCAGCAACGCGUCGCUCGGACACCGCCCGCCCGACAACUGCAGCGACGAGUUCGAGUCCGAGGUGCCCGUCGACGGGUCGCCGGCUCUGCGCAUCAUCAUCUCGCUCGUCUACUCCGUCGUGUGCGCCGUGGGGCUCGUGGGCAACCUGCUCGUCUUCUACGUGAUGCGCAACAAGCAGGCGCGCAAGAAGUCCACGAUCAACUACUUCGUCGUCAACCUGGCCAUCACCGACUUUCAGUUUGUGCUCGUGCUGCCCUUCUGGGCCGUCGAGACGGCGCUCGACUUCAACUGGCCCUUCGGCGACGCGCUCUGCCGCCUCGUGUCCUCGCUCACCGUGCUCAACAUGUACGCCAGCGUCUCCUUCCUCACGGCCAUGAGCGUCGUGCGCUACUGGGCCAUCGCCUCGGCGGUGCACUCGCGGCCGCGUCCCACCGGCUGCUCCCCGCGCUGGAUCAGCCUCGUCGUGUGGCUGGCGGCCACCGCGGCCAGCGUGCCCACCGCCGUGUUCUCCACGGCCCCCACGGUGUCGGGCGUGCCGCUCUGCCUGCUGCGCUUCCCCGAGGGCCAGUUCUGGCUGGGCGUAUACCACGUGCAGAAGAUCCUGCUCGGCUUCCUGCUGCCCCUGGUCAUCAUCUCGGCGUGCUACCUGCAGCUGCUGAGAUUUCUGCGCCACAAAAACCCCGCGGGGGCCCAGCGGACCGGCCGGCGGUCGCGCGUCACGCGCUCCGUCACCGUCGUGGUGCUGUCCUUCUUCGUGUGCUGGCUGCCCAACCACGCCAUCACGCUCUGGGGCAUCUUCGUCAAGUUGGGCGCCGUGCCCUUCGGAGACGCCUUCUACACGGCGCACGUGUACGUGUUCCCCGUCACCGUGUGCCUGGCGCACGCCAACAGCUGCCUCAACCCGCUGCUCUACUGCCUGCUCCGGCGCGACUACCGCCAGGCGCUCCGCCAGGUCUUCUGGCGAGCCCCUUCCUCGCCGCCCACCGCCACCACGCACACCUGCCACCUGCGACCCUUCUCGGGCACCUGCCGGCCCGAGCCCGAAGUCGACGACCUGCAGGCCGUCAUCCAGCUUCAGCCCAUGGACGGGGACGAGAAGGGGCAGCGGCGGCAGCAGCAGCAGCGCAACGUUGGAGUGGCGUGCACGUCACGCCGCAACCUGCACCCGCAGCACCUCCACCCCAACCGUCAUCAUGUCCAGCAGCAGCAGCAGCAGCUGGGGAGUAGGACUCAGUCGCAGCUCGCGCGCACUCACACGCGCCCGGGGGUGUACGUGGGUUGCCGGGACGUGGCCGUGUCGGCCUGCUCCACCACCACGUACCUGACCGGGAGUUACCGGUCCUGCGCGGAACGCGCCGAGCCACUGCCGGCCGUGGCAUCGGUGGGGAACACGAUUUACUGAAGGUGGCCUGAAGUGCACGGCACCGUUCGGUCCGACAAAAGUGGGCCCGGCCGGACGGCUGGCCGACCGUCACACGGAGCUGUGGAGGUCCAAUGUCCCUGCGGUGUACUGCGUGUAGCUGAAGUUCAGUGUAACGCUGGGUGACGAUGGACUUUGAAGAGGGGCCAUACGCAGAGCACCGCGCCUUCACCUUGGGCCACGAAAUGUAAUUGCUUGUGUCUUAUGGCCGAUUUCCAAGCGUUCGCAGCACGUGAUAACUUGGGGAACGAUCAGGGUGAUAGAUGUUAGGAACACGUGUGACGGUCUAAUGUAGCUGUUUUGGCUAUGCCGGAGAUUGUACUGUAUAUACAGGGUUUGGCAUAACAAGAACGUAUUCGGCAUACCUGUGUAUCUUUUCCUGGAAUUUAGUGGUAACCCGCUGCACUGCAGGUGAAAAUUCUCCACCUUUUAAGGGCGUGUCCGUGCGUGCGUGCGUGCUUGUGCGUGUGGGGAGUGGUUGUGCAGCGGUUAACACGCUAGGGACCCCAGUUCGAUUCCUACUCACGGCCAACACCAGUGGUGAUUAUCUGAAGCAGUCCUGGGCCUCCCCUCAGUCGACUCAGCCUCAAAUGAGUACGUUGGCGCGGUGUGUGAAAACAUUGCCAAUGGGAAGAAAAAGGCGGUCGGGCGUGGUGCUGGCCACCCACCCCCUUCAUAGGUGAUCGUGAACAGCACAUGCCCAAACAGCCUGUUAAGGUUAGACGGGGGAUCUUCGUCUUUUUGCGCCUCCGUGUCGGAGCUGAAACUGCAACAUUGCGAUUCGGGUCACAUCAUUCGAGCAUAAUGGAUGCGCAUGAAGUUAUACCACGGCCGCCCACAAGUGGUUAUCAGACAUACAUUUGACAUGCUCUACAUUCGCGCGUGCGCGGACUCAAUAUGUGGCCAAAACGAAUUGUGGCUUGGUCACUGGCUGCUUGCUUUCAAUUACCAUUCCUGCGGUGGAGCAAGUCUUGCGCAGAUAUGAAGGAAUUUCCCUAAUAUAUGACGGGCUGUGGUAUUAAUGAGAUACAAUGCCGAGCCACACCACGCGAGACUGCCGUACGGUACUCGGGGUGGGGGGGGGAGGUGGGAUGUAGUUUUUCUUCUUCUCCAAAAUAUAUCACGAUGCACUUUAACGACGUGGUGUUUGAUCUUUGUUUCUGAUCAGAAAAGCACCGAAGCGUCUGACACAGUCACCUAAUGUAUGUUAGUAAGUAUGAAUAUAGCCCAUCGGCUAUUUAUGUAAUACGAGCAUCAUUGUGCGAAUGACAUGUUUUGCAAAAUAACAGAUGUUUUGCACAUGGCCUUAUUUAUGACCCCCCAAUCAAAAUACAAUUCAUUAUUAAAUCAUUAUAUAUACACAUAUCGGUGGAGGUGGGGAAGGGGGGGUGGGGGUGGGUGCAGUGGUUUAGCACAUUGUGCUAAUAGCCCAGCGGUCUGAGCUUUAUUCCUGCCUUUGGACAAUAUCAGUGGUGAGUGAUGUCUGAUCAGGUCUUGGGGUGCCCUCCUUCGCAAGCCCACACUAACCAGAAUGGUGAAGUAUGGUAAAUAAAAACCUCCAUGACUUAUACGGCGUAGGGAGAUUUUCACCGAGCAGCGGAUUGACAAAGGGCUGUAAAUUAAUACAAUUAAUAUUUAUUCACAUAUCUAGAACAUUAUAAAUCUUGUACAACUUUAAGGAAUAAUUUUGUCUGGCCGAAAACGACGUGGGAAAUUUCGAGUAUUUUGUACAGUAUUUCAUUUCAUAUGUUUCAAUAAUAAAGGUCGCGGCUGGCAGAAACGUGUGGCCUAGUGGCUGCGUGAAGCGAUGUGAAAGAGUUCGGCACGAGUUCUAUCCCCGCAAUAAUUACACAACCACUGAGCUUUAUAGACGUGAGCGCUUCAUCAAUUGGGCAGCGCAACAAUUGUAUCAAAUCAUUGUCUUGUCAUGUGCAACAGGUUUCGGGGGCCAUUUUAUACUCGCUUGAAUCGCGCUGCUACUUGUCUUUAGCACAUUGCAUCGUUCCGCGCCACGAGGCAGCUGCUAACGCUGACCUGACCUUUUCCCAAUGGUGCCGAAAAUUGCACAGCCCCCUGAAAUUAUUCGCUGCUCAGCUCUUUAAAAAAAACUACCGACGUGAUAGCAUGCGAGCGUGUUUGGUCGGAAUGUUAUUGAAGUGACUUGUCACGGCCGACAUUAGCCGCCGAGACAGCGAAGCGAUACGUCGGGGGCAUCUUGCGACCGCCGGUCAAUUUCGUUUAUAAAGUUGGGAAUUAAAAUAUACGUGCAGGUUUAUCGAUAACGUUUCGGUUAUUAUUUUUGUUGAAGUAGUUGUUGCUGUGCGUUCCACCUUUGUGAUUCCAUUCAAGUGGUAUGGAUGUAAUGUGGCAGCAGUGCAUGAUGUCUACUGCACAAAUCACAGUGUGUGGCAAUGAGAGAGGCCAACACUUUAUUUUGCAGCCGAGGCUAUUAUUAGUACAUUAUCUUGUUCCCAAAAUGUUUUGACUGUCCAAUGUGGAUGUGCCUGUAAGCGCACGCGCCUGUCUGCGUGUAUGAAUGUACAUGUACACUCCGUGCUUGGCAGCUCGGACAUAAACAAACACGUGGUUUAAAGUUACUUUUGCAAGGCUGCAUUUUUAUUUUGAAAAUAUUUACUAUUAUUUAUUUUUCACGAGGCAGAUAUUGGUAAAUAGCGUACUUCUGCAGUGAAAAACAAUUUUAAAAAAUGUAGGCGUGCAAUAAAUGCAGUGAUUAAUGGAUUAAAAUGCAUUCUUAGGUCCUCGUUAAAUGCAUCAAAUUAGGAAAUUGUAUAUCACGCAUAUCAUAUGUUAAUUGUAUGGUAAUGUUGCAUUUAGGCUAAUAGAACUAACGAAGGAUUGUGCAAACAAGUUUUUUUUCAAUAAAAAAUUUAAACCACGUGGCAAAAAACACUUGGGCAAAAAAAGACAUUCUUGAAAUGAAUCGUCACCCAAAAUCACCGAGGAGGCAAAUCGUUACACACCCACUACUUGUCAAGGAUAAAGAUCCAGCAGAUGCAUGUGGAAAUGCUCAUUAUCCGAUUUCGUGGGCAGCGCUAGCGUAGCGUUUAGCGCGCUGCGCUACGAGCCCAGCGACCACAGUUUGAUUCCCACUCGCGGCCAACACCAGUGACGAUUAUCUGAACCGGUCAUGGGCCUCCCCUAGGUCGACUCAGCCUCAAAUGAGUACACAGUGUGGUGUGUAAACUCCCCCACUGGGGAGACUUCCCCCGGUCGGGCGUGGCGUUGCCCCCCCCCCCCCACCCCUCGUGCGCCACGCCGGCCUUCAUAGGUGCUCCGCUUUAAAAGUGAGCCCUGACAAUUGGUCGAUGUAGAAAAACGGGAUGAGAAGAUCCGCAAGCUCCGAAGUUCACCCUUCCUGGACAAAUGGAAGUGACGAGUCAUACUGACGGACACGGGUCAGAAUCACAUCACACGAGGUUGUGUAAAAUUAACCACGGGUGCCUGUUGUACGCAACUCGCAGUCAAGUGCCGUGGCCCCCCCAGGCUACAAAAGGUGACAGGCAGCCUUUAUAUGCUACACGAGAGUCGUCAGGGUCUGAAUGUUGAGUGGAAAUGCCAACUGCAACAAAUUGAAACCUUUUUUGUUGAUUCUCUGAGAGUUCAGAAGAUUUCUCUGCAGUGCCUCGACAUGCUCUGGCAUUUGGUGCCAUUUGAAUAUAAAUCAUAGUCUAUUAUUGCGCUGGCCUACAAUGCCAAAGUGGCUUACAUAACCAAACAGGUGCAAGCAUAGCCUUACAAAUUCUGCCCCAAAUUGAAGCAUUUAUGCCAUUUAUUCCAAUUGGUGGUAAUCAACAAAUAUCGAUGGGUUUGUGCUGCUCAGAAAAAAAAAAUCGUCAUGUCCAAUGCAAAUCGUAACAUGUGUAAAUAUGUUGUAUAUUUAUAUAGUAAAUGACAUUGUUUCUGCCCCAUCUAAUAAAUGCGUUUCUUAAUAAAUAAAUAAAGCAUCUCAUUUCUCUCUUAGCCCGGCUUGGCUCUGCAACAAAAUCAACGCAGAUUUGUCAAUGUCUCAUUUCCUCUUUACAAGGCAGAACAAUGCCAUUCUACAGUACAGUAUUUUUUAAUGUUUGUAUUCACUCACAGAGCGUGCAUGCACGCACACACACACAUAUAUAACUGACGUAAAGCUGUGUUGCUGUGUUAAUAUUGUGGCCAAAUUGUGAGCAGUUUUUUUUUUCUCGUGGCAGUGGUGUGAUGUGGCAGUGUUGCAGGGGAACUGGUCUCUUGGCCAGUGAUGAUGCUCGGCUGUUCGUGCAGUUGCAUGGCA